AUCGCGAGCGAAUCAGUACGUUUUUCGCUUCAACUUUGUUUUCUCAUUUCACUACGUUUUUUGGCGUGAAGCGUUCAUUUUAAUGUCUGAUUGGCGGAGCACACCAUGCGUCGAAAGGCACAAAGAAUUUCUCGAGAAUCUUAUCACAACCUUGAUCGAUUGCACCUUCGAAAGUGUGUCCCGUGAAAAUCCUGUGUUGAGAUGGAGAGAACCGGGUCAUCUGCGGGAUAUUAUAAAUCUUAAUUUGCAGGAAGAGCCCCGUAAUCAAGAUUGCCUUCUGGAGGUCGCGACUAAGGUUUUUAAGUAUAGCGUUAAGACAGGCCAUCCUUAUUUUAUGAAUCAGUUAUUUUCUGGAUUGGAUCCAUACGGUUUAGCCGGACAAUGGCUCACAGACGCGUUGAACUGUUCAGUGUAUACUUACGAGGUGGCACCGGUCUUGACAUUAAUGGAAAGCACCGUGAUUACAAAAUUAUUAAGCAUGUUUUACAAGGACGAAAAUGGUACUACUAUCGGAGACGGUCUUUUCUGUCCAGGAGGUUCCUUCGCUAACGGUACCGCCAUUAACUUAGCUCGAUUUUGGUUCAGGAAGAAAGUUCAAUAUAACAAAAAUAUACCAUCUAUGAAGCUAGUGCUUUUUACGUCCGAAGACGCGCAUUACUCGAUUUCAAAGUGGGGAAACGUUUGCGAUAUAGAAGUUGUUCUCAUAAAGACUGAUGAUUAUGGCAGAAUGGAUGUCAGCGAUUUGAGAUUUAAUAUAUUGGAGGUACAAAAAAAGAGAAAUUAUCCAUUUUGCGUUACUGCUACUGCAGGAACGACGGUUUUGGGCGCGUUCGAUCCAUUGAUCGAGAUUGCAGAUACUUGCCAGGAAUUCGGUAUGUGGUUACAUGUAGAUGCAGCCUGGGGAGGCGGUUUGGUAUUUAGCAAAAAGCACAAUGUACUUUUAAGAGGAAUACAAAGAGCAGAUUCUAUUCUAUUUAAUCCUCACAAACUGUUGGCCGUUCCUCAACAAUGCUCCUUACUUUUGUCUAAACACAAAAGCAUUUUUAAGGAAGCUCACUCUAAAGAGGCUCCUUAUCUUUUUCAAAAAGAUAAAUUUUAUUCUAGAGAUCUAGAUGUUGGGGAUAAGUAUUUGCAGUGUGGGCGCAGACCAGAUGUGUUGAAAUUUUGGUUCAUGUGGCAGGCUAAGGGUACUUCAGGAUUUGAAAAGCAUGUCGAUCAUUUAAUGAAACUUUCAGCUCUCUUCAAAGAAGAAGUUGAGAAAAGAGAUGGCUUUAAAUUAGUGACGGAACCGUGUUUUAUAAAUGUGUGUUUCUGGUUUAUUCCACCAUAUCUAAGAAUUCAGAAUUCAGUUAACGAUUACAAGAAACGAUUAAACGAAGUUGCACCAAAGUUAAAAGAAAAAAUGAUCAAAAGGGGUAGUUUGAUGAUCAAUUAUCAACCACUGCACGAAAAACCGAAUUUCUUCCGUUUUGUUAUUCAGAAUUCAGGCGUAAAUAUAGAGGAUAUUCUUUACGUCUUUGACGAGAUGGAAAACCUUGGAGAAUCUAUGUGAUAAUUUACGGUAUAUGCAAAACUCAAUGUUAUGAUCUUUUAAAUGGUUUAUAUAUAGUUCUUAUUUAAUUAUAUUGCAAUUCAAACAAAAG